AGUUGAAGCUACGCACGAAGUUGUUCGUUUGGAAUAUGAUGUCCAGUUAAGACUGAGCGGUAAAAAUAUAAAAGGAAGAAGCCCACAAGUUUGUCCUUUUAUAACUUUGUACAAACAAAUAGAAAGGAAGUGGGAAAAACUGGGUACCACUGAUGCUGUUGCAUACGACACCAUUCUGAAUCAACAAGAAAUUAACAUUCCAGAAAAAGAUUUCAGCGACGGAGACAUUCACAAGAAAUUAUAUUUGAGAUGUUUUCGUAAGAAACAGAUCCUAUGGAUACCAAGGAAAAUGUUAAUUGGUGGAUUUAAAACAAACCCAGAAGACUUAGCCUACAAGAAGUCAUUUGAAAUAAAAAACAAACGUUGGCAGACUUGCGGUGUUAUUUCUAUUGAAAAAUUUCGUUUGAAACCCCGCAUCGAUUAUGUGAAAUAUAUGGAUACAAACAUGGAAAUAGAUGUGACACUUGCUAUAGACUUUAGACUUUCAAACCAAGACCCUAAGUUGCCGACUAGCAACCAUUACAUAACUGAAAAGCAGAGGAGUUUAUACGAAACCGCCAUACUUGCUUUACAGCCCUUGCUAAAAAAGUACACCACCAACAAUCGGUAUCAUGUUUAUGGAUUUGGUGCCAAAAAAAAGGAAACGUUUGAAGAUCUUUAUCCAUAUUUUUCCAUAGUGAGUAUAUUUUCUUUCAAUCAAAACUUGACAUCAAACUACAUCUUAAGUCUGACUGAACGUUAA